AUGUAAAAAGAAAAAAAAGUUGUGAAAGCAGUAUCUUGUUGGAUCAUUCUUCGAAAUAUUAUGAUGUGGGUUAAUAUUCUCUUUUCUUUGGCUGUAAUUGGACUAGGAAUUUACAAAUACACUGAUGGGAAUUUUAAUAAUUUUGCAGAUGUUUUCAUUCCUUUCUAUUUGAUAUUUUUUGGAAUUUUGUUGAUAUUUGCUGAAGCAGAAUGGAUAAUAUUAAUAAAACACUUUAAAUUUUUAGACAAUUAUUUUGGAAGAGGGUUUUAUAAUAUCUUUUUAGGAACAAUGCUUCUAAACAUCAUUAGUAUCAAUAACGACGGUGAAACUGAUAGAAAUAUCACUUGGGUGUUAGUAGUUAUUGUUUCAUCUACUAUGGCCUUUGUAGGUGUAAUGGAAAUCUUUUUGUACAUUUGGCAUUGUGGAGCAAAAAGCGAAAAAUAUGCAAAAUAUGAUGAAAAAUAAGACAUGCAAUAAAAAUUAUUGAAAGAAGAGGAUAAACUAACCUAACAAAUUUCCUAAAAUGUCCGAAGUGAAAUUGAUAUAAAAUAUUCUGCAUCUAUGCAACCUCAAAGCGCUGUUGUCGAUUAAUCAUAAUAAAAUUAUUAAUAAUAAUAUCAAUAACCUUACUCAUAGCCCUACUAACCUUAUUAACAAUAGGAUUAUCAAAAUUAGCCAACAAACUACACACCAGAGCAAAUCUAGAAAAUUCAAUAAAAUCCAGAAGAAUAUUCUAAAUGGUUAAAGCAGUAACUAUUGGUUACAGAAGCAAAGAUACCAAAAUAAUAAGCUCUAGAUGGGAAUUCCCAAUUAUGA